AUGGAACCAUGCCAGGAUGGCUCUGCGGCCCCAACGAUCACAGAGUGUUUGCAGCAGCAUCUCGACUUUAUCCGCCGAGAGUACGUGGACAACAAAAAGUCAAUUAUAGAAUUGAAAACCACCCUCCAAGUUGAGGUUGGUACCGAUUUCAGCAUGUCAACACUACAAAAGUUUUUGAAGACAUAUGGCAUCCACAAGAACACGAAAGAAGAACAUUGGAAAUGGGCAGAGCAUUGCUUCAAAAAGCGGAAGAUCGGAGAGGGAAAAGAGAGCGAACUCCUCAUUCGUAAUCAGCUUGUAGACGAGGCAACACGCCAGAAACGGGUUCGGAAUCACCUCAGCCUCUCCGAACAACACACUAUUCUUGACCAACCAACUCCUCCGGCACCUACGGGAUGGUGUGUGCGCACACCACAAGGAAUCUGCGCGGACGAAGAGCACGUUCCACUUGGCCCCGACUCCCCAGGCUAUCAAGCAAUCGUUUCUGCAGGUGAUGUAGAUUGCGAUGGUUCUGAGCAGAGUCCGCAAGGGGAAUACGAGGAUGAAGAGAAGAGUCCGGUUCUGCCUGAGACAUCUCAACGCCAGCAAUUCAGUCCUGCUGAAGCAGUCGAAGAAGCUAUCAAUUUACUGCCAGUCAACUCAGCCACUACAGCCAACAGCAUUUCUAAUAGAGCAUCUACUGCCACUCCCGAGCUGGCCAUGACAGAUCAAAAUUAUGUCCUGUCUCAAGACUAUGCCCAGAAUAUGGCUGAUGAUGAUGAGGAUGUCGCUAUGUACAUCGCUGCCUUCGAAAGCCUAAAUUUAUCCCCAAGGUUCGCGUUGCGGGAAAGUUCCAUAGGGCAUGAUGAAACUCAUCGAAGUUUGACCACCGAGACACUCGUGCGUCUAUUGGAAGGCUGUGGGCUGUUUUCUUCCUAUUGGAGGUUGUUGGGUGUUGACAUGGCACCGGAAGCCGUCGCUACACGCUACGACAACAUUGCGGCCCUGGUUAGCACAUCCAUCCCAUGGCAUCCAGACUUCGUCGACUUUAAAGAAAGCCUGGAUUUGACCUACGACUUUGUAACCGCUAUCGAGGUCCUUUAUGCAACCUACCACGGCGAUAAAACGCGGCUGGAUGCUGCGGUAGGCGAGCUCAACUUGGACAUGAACUUUGAUCUUCUGAACACCGCUCUCUUUAUCGCUGUAUGUCAAAAUAAUCGCCAGCAAACUGACUUUCUGCUAUCCUCUGGACUGUGCCAAGUCAACUGGCAAGCCACAGACGGAACGACAUGCGUUCAUCAAGCAGCCAUCCAUAAUCAGCCAGAGACUCUCGAAUUAAUCCUCACAAAAGGAGCGGACCUUGAGAUCAAGUGCAGUCGUGGAGAGACUGCUUUUUUCAAGAUUUGUGGCUCAAGAGAACACGAAACUCUAAGCCGGCUGCUGGUCAAGGCUGGCGCCGAGAUGCACACAUCAAAUGCCCAAGGAAACGGAGCAUUCUGCAUGGCCGCGGCCAACCAAGAUACAGAGGCGAUUGAUACAAUGAUUUCGAGGGGUAUGAACCCUACAAAGGGCACUUUAUGUGAUUGGUGUCCAUUCCAUUCAGAUGGUGGCAUCCCAAUUUCGGGUUUCACAGAGAUAUGUUUGUGA